AUGGCGCAAGGCGGCAAUAACAACAACGACUCACAUCACCCUACCAUGGAGGAGAUGAUGGCCAUGAUCAAUGGCCUACGAGAGGAGAAUGCACGCUCCAGGGAGAGAGAGGAGGUCAUUCAACGCGAAAAAGAGGAGAUCAGGAGACGAGCGGAUGAGAUGCAGGCCAGAAUAGAAGCCACUACCAGGACGGUGGAGGAGGAUUUCAUGUUAGAAGUCCCUAGGGAUUUUCGGCCUUUCUUGGAAGCCAUAGAGGCCGAGGCCAUCCCCAGGGAUCAUCGGAUACCCCAAGUCGAGCCCUUUGAUGGAACGCAAGAUCCCAGUCAGCAUUUGACGGAUUUCCGAGCCCAAAUGUUGAUCUGUGGUGGAGGCAUGGAAGUCCGCUGCAAACUUUUCAUGGGAACACUCAAAAAGGCAGCACUUGAUUGGUUUAGUGGUCUCCCUGACCGAUCAAUCACCGACUUCGACGUCUUCAGUAGGCUUUUCAUGGCGCAAUUCGCCGCCAACAAGAAGAAGCCACCGAUUACAUCGGACUUGUUCGAUCUCAAGCAGCAGCGGGAGGAGUCGUUGAAGGACUUUAUGCAAAGGUUCAAUGAGGUCGCGUUGAGGAUAGCAUCUUUGGACGAAAGGAUGGCUGUCAUCGCAUUCCAGAAGGGCCUGAGGUAUGGAGCUUUCGACAUUGCUCUGGAAAGAGCAAAUUGCCAGACGAUGUCGGAGAGUAAACGACGUGACCGUUACAGCUUGAAGGAGGGCAAUUACAGGCAGGCCGAUCAUGGUGGUCGGGCAAGGGGCGAGUGGGCACGCAAUAAUGACGAAGAGAAGUUUACGCCACUCAAUGUUCCCAGGCGACAGAUACUUCACGAUGUCAACAACGCAUCGUUGUUCGAGUUUCCGGUGGCGACGGAACGCCAAUUAGGACCCUUUAAAACUGAUUGGUGUGAGUUCCAUAGAGCCCAUGGACACUCCACUGAAAAUUGCUUCGUCCUAGGGAGGCAGAUCGAGCGUUUGAUCAAGGAGGGGCGACUGAAAGAGUUUGUGGCAAGGAAACAGGAAGGAAGUUCAUCGAAUAGGCGACACAGGCGCGCACAGGAUGACACCAGGAGGGAUAGGCGUAGAGAGAGAACUCCUCCCAGAGACACGCCAACGAAGGCGUCAGAAACCCACCAGCAACCCAUCCACGGGGACUUCAACACCAUCGCAGGGGGCUUCACCGGCGGAGGAGCUACCUCAGCCGCCCGAAAGAGGUACACUCGGUCGGUGCUGACAGUAUCGAAAUUCAGGCGACCAUCUCAGCCUGAGAUUUCGUUCUCAGACUCGGAUUAUGAUGGAGUAGCCCCUCAAGAGGACGACCCCGUCGUCAUAUCAGCGAUUGUUAUGGGGUACAAUGUGAUGCGUGUGUUGAUUGAUCAGGGAAGUUUCGCGGACAUCUUAUUCUGGGAAGCUUUUAAGGGGAUGAAAAUACCUAACGAUCGACUUAUUCCUUAUGCAGGGACUUUAGUGGGUUUUGCAGGAGACUAG